AUGAAGGCAGACGUUCCUUGGGAAUCCUUCCCUCCUUUGCUGUUUUUGCCUCCCCAGAACGGCGGUGUGAGCUGGAGCGACGAAGGCGACGGCUGCCGGGGAAGGGAAAUCUCCCGAGACUUUGCCAAGCUCUACGAACUGGACAGCGAUCCCGAGCGCAAGGAGUUCCUGGAUGACCUCUUCAUCUUCAUGCAGAAGAGGGGAACUCCCAUCAACAGGAUCCCCAUCAUGGCCAAGCAGAUCCUGGACCUCUACAUGCUCUACAAGCUGGUGACGGAGAAGGGCGGGCUGGUGGAGAUCAUCAACAAGAAGAUCUGGAGGGAGAUCACCAAAGGCCUUAACCUGCCCACCUCCAUCACCAGCGCCGCCUUCACCCUGCGCACCCAGUACAUGAAGUACCUCUACGCCUACGAGUGCGAGAAGAAGUCUCUGAGCUCCCCGGCCGAGCUCCAGGCCGCCAUCGACGGCAACCGGCGCGAGGGCCGGCGGCCCAGCUACAGCUCCUCCCUGUUCAGCUACUCGCCCUCCACGCCGGGGCCUCCUUCCCUGCUGUCCCCCCCCAAAAUCCGCUUCCCCAUCAUCGGCGUGGCGCCGGGCGGCGCCGCCGGCAACCCCCGCGUGUCGCCGGCCCUCAGGAAAGGUGACGGCGUGCCCCUGGCCGUGUCCAUGCCGAGCCGCGUGGCCGUGCCGGUGACGCUGGGUGGCCAGCAGGCCGCCGCGGCGGCCAGGACGGCCACGCUGGAGCAGCUGAGGGAGCGGCUGGAGGCGGGAGAGCCCCCGGAGAAGAAGGUGCCGCGGAUGACGGAGGAGGAGCAGCGGCUGGUGCAGCAGGCCCUGCAGCGCAACCUGUUCAGCAUGGCCCGGCAGAUCCCCAUGAAGAUCAAAAUCAACGGGAAAGACAAGGCCGACUCCGCUGCGGCGGCGCUGAACCUGUCCCCCAACGGCAUCGGCAGCAUCAACAUGUCCGUGGAGAUCAACGGCACCACCUACGCUGGGGUGCUGUUUGCCCAGAAGCCCGUGGUGCAGCUCCUGGCCGGCUCGGGCCCGCAGAGCUCGUGCAGCAGCAGCAGCAGCAGCAGCAGCAGCUCCCACUGCUCCCCCAGCCCUACCUCAUCGCGGGGCACGCCCGGCGCAGAGCCCUCCACCAGCUGGUCCCUGUGACGGCCGCUGCCCCGGGAGUGCACACAUACCUCACCUCAAGGAACCUGCUCUCGUGGCUGCAGCACCUGGAGGAUGAUGAUGAUGAUGACGAUGGUGGUGGUGGUGGUGGUGGUGAUGGUGGUGAUGGUGGUGAAACCUUUCCAUGCCAGCGAGUUUUCCUUCAUCGUCUCUUUGUCCGGCCUUUUUUUGGCUUUGUUCCACCCCUUUCCUUCCUCCCUUUUCCUCUUUGUUUCCUCCUCCUCCUCCUCCUCCUCCUCCUCCUCCCAGGGUGUGUGGUGUUCCCACGGAGGGGGGGCACACCUGGCGUUUCUCAAUCAGGGAUGGCUCUGGGGCCACAGCUCCUGGGAUGUCACCAGGGCAGGGACAGGACUGGGGCUGGGAACCCUGGUUCUGCUGGAGCCCUGGUUCUGCUGGAACCCUGGUUCUGCUGGGACCCUGGUUCUGCUGGAACCCUGGUUCUGCUGGGAACCCUGGUUCUGCUGGGAACCCUGGUUCUCCUGGAGCCCUGGUUCUGCUGGGACCCUGGUUCUGCUGGAGCCCUGGUUCUGCUGGAGCC